AUGGCCUGGACGAACUACAACAUCCGGGUCAAGGAUGCCUUCCCAAAUGCCAAACUCCGCUCGUCGGUGUGCUACAGCCGACUCAACAUAUGCAGCGGCCACCACCAAGGCUCAGGACCGGUCACCGAGCAAACUAGGAGGAAGUUCCUCCUGCUCAUUGCAAAAAUCAUGAUGCAACCCGGUUUUUAUAACACCCUGCUCAACGCAAAGCACAUCACCAUUGGCCAUAAGCAGUGCAAUUACCAUUGCCCGGUGAACCCCGAUAUCGAGCAGGACAAAGUACUUUGUUUCCUUGCUCAUUGUGGGGUUACACUGGAAGAGCCAAACAACUCUGUCCAUUGGGUGCAGGAGUUCGUUAAGUGCUACAUAGCCAUGAAUAACUGCGAAGAUCACUUCUUCGACCUGCAGAUGUGGUACAACAUCGCCCUAUCAUACACGGAGCUACCCUUGCUGUCUGACAACACACUGGUGGCUCCCUUCAUGUCUACGGAGCUUCUGGGGCAGUAUAAAAGCAACCCCGAAGGCAUGCCCGAUGCCACAAACACUGACAUCAGAGUGUUGUCACCAUCUGUGGAGGCAAAUGCUAACAUGGACGUUGACGCGGACAAAGAGCAAGCGGGUCCGUCUAUUGAGGAGCCGAUAAUGGAGGAUACACUACAGGAGAUGGACAAGGAUGUCGCAGAGGCCGAGCAGGAACCGGAGACAUGGAGGCCUAAGAGGAAGGGCAGGAAGGUGUGGAGGUAG